CUCUUAACUGGAUCUUGGAAAGUAGUUGCAAUGGUUAGAGAGUCGUUCAAAGUGCAAAAGCUUCUUAUAUCCAUAUCCAACAACUUUGCAUUGAGAAGAAGCUACUACAUAGGUUCAAGGUACAUGACACACCAAAGAUUUUAACAAAACAUAAAAAUAAAGUUUGUUGGGGGUUGAGAUAUUGACAUGUUGUUAAGUCUAAUGAACACAUUCACAUGCUCAAAAAAACUAUACCACCAUAACACACUCAACUCAACUCAACUCAACUCAACAAAACUCUCUCCUUAUAAACACUACUCUCCCUUGAACUUUCCAUCUCCAAAUUAAAUCUCUCUCCACAAAAAACUCUCUAACCCUUUUUCUUCUCUCUCUCAAAUGGAGUCUCUCUCUUUAAUUUUUCUUGUCCCAACAUUGUACUUGUGUUUCCUAAUAUGGAAACUAUUCGAUCAAAAGAGGGACCAAGAGUGUUACCUAUUAGAUUACCAAUGUCACAAACCAACUCAAGAUAGAAUGCUAGGGACAGAGUUUUGUGGCAAAAUAAUCAGAAGAACCGAGAAUUUGGGUCUAGAUGAGUACAAAUUUCUUCUCAAAGCCAUAGUAAGUUCCGGCAUCGGCGAGCAAACUUACGCGCCAAGAAACGUCUUCGAGGGCCGCGAAGCAUCGCCAACCAUCCACGACGGGAUCUCGGAGAUGGAAGACUUUUUCGACGACAGCAUUGUGAAACUCCUAGCCCGGUCGAAAAUAUCCCCCUCCGAAAUCGACGUCCUCGUCGUCAACAUCUCCAUGCUCUCCACUCUCCCGUCUCUAUCCGCGCGGAUCAUCAACCGAUACAAACUACGCCACGACGUCAAAGUCUACAACCUCACUGGAAUGGGCUGCAGUGCUAGUCUUAUCUCCCUAGACAUUGUUCAAAAUAUUUUCAAAUCACAAAAAAACAAGCUAGCCCUUUUAGUGACAUCAGAGUCUCUUAGUCCAAAUUGGUACCCCGGAAACAACAAAUCAAUGAUCCUUGCCAACUGUCUCUUCCGCUCGGGCGGAUGCGCGGUUCUUCUAACAAACAAAAGAUCCUUAAAGCACAAAGCUAUACUGAAACUAAGUUGCUUAGUAAGAACUCACCACGGCGCGAGAGACGAGUCGUUCGGAUGUUGUCUCCAAAAGGAAGAUGAACAAGGCAAGAGUGGUAUUUUCUUAGGAAAAAAUCUCCCAAAAGCCGCAACAAGAGCAUUUGUUGACAAUCUAAGAGUAAUAUCACCAAAAAUUCUACCAACAAGGGAACUCUUUAGGUUUCUCUUAGUCUCACUUUUGGAGAAACUUAAAAUAAUGUGUACUUAUUCUUCUAAGUCCUCUAGUGGAGUAGCAACAAUAGUAACAAAAAAAUCACCAUUGAAUUUCAAAACCGGCAUUGAUCAUUUCUGCCUCCACACAGGAGGAAAAGCAGUGAUAGAUGGAGUUGGAAUGAGCUUGGAUCUAAGUGAGCAUGAUCUUGAGCCAGCAAGGAUGACACUUCAUAGAUUUGGCAACACUUCUGCAAGUAGUUUGUGGUAUGUGUUAGGUUACAUGGAAGCAAAAAAGAGGUUAAGAAAAGGUGAUAGAGUUUUUAUGAUAAGUUUUGGAGCUGGAUUUAAGUGCAAUAGUUGUUUGUGGGAAGUGAUGAAGGAUCUUGGAAAUGGAUAUGGGAAUGUUUGGGAUGAUUGUGUUGAGGAUUAUCCACCAGAGACUUUGGUUAGUCCUUUCAUGGAGAAGUAUGGUUGGGUUAAUCAAGUUGAUGAUGUAAACAAUGUUGAACUUCCUGAUUUUCUUAAGUGAUUAAUUAAGGUAAUUAAUUGAAAAAUUUAAGAAAAAAGAGGAUUGAAGGAGUGUAAUUUUUUUUAUGUAUACUAGAUUUCUUGAUGAGGAUCAAGGUUAUUUAUUAUUAUUAUUAUUGUGCAUUAAUUUCAUUGUUAUGUAUUAAUAAUAUAUACACUUGUUAUUAUUUUUAUAUAAGGAGU